AUGAUGAAGAUGUCUGACCAGCAGGCAGCAGUUCCUGAUAGUCAUGAGUUCUGGGGCAAACAAGAGCCGGACAAGGGUCAAACAUCUCUGUUGACAGACAGGAAUACCUUCAGCAAAAACAUGAAUAUGGCAGCAGCAGAGUCCAGCUCUCUCACAACUCAUGUGUUGAACAUUGGUGAUGGGUUACCAGCAGCCAGGUUGCCUCUCAGUCUGCAUAGACUGGACGCGGAGGUCAUGAUCUGGCACAUGGUGACUGUCGGGACAACAAAUGAAGAUGGUCGUUGUCCUGGACUCAUCAGCCGAGAGGAAUUCAAGCCCGGCAUGUACAAGAUCAGGUUUGAGACUGGUGUAUACUGGGAGAGUCUGGGCCAGACUUCUUUCUAUCCUUAUAUUGAGGUCGUCUUCUCCAUCACGGACACAGAGCAGAAGUUUCACCUUCCUUUGUUGAUGAGUCGGUUUUCUUACAGCACUUACAGAGGGAGCUGAGAGUGUUCCAUGUGGAAUCUGUCAGGUUGCUGAACAUUGGACAAUAGCUG